AAGCUAAGUUGGUGUACUGGAAGCUAGAGUUUGCCGCCAUGUUUGAAAACAGGCAAAAACAAAAAUAUGGCAGAACUGUCCAACGAAGAGUUCAGAAAGAGUCUUUUUACAACUUUUCGGAGUCGUGGCGUGUUAGAGGCUCUGAAGUCUCAGCUUAGAAAUCGUCUCAUAACAGAACUCCAGGAGACUGCUGGCAGGGAUGGAUUGACAGCAUCGUCUGACCCCUCAGGAGUUUCAGAGAAUUUAUGUGAACUUGCGGCAAACAGCCUUGUUGCUGACCAUUUAAAGAGGUUUAAAUAUGAUUAUUCCUUAUCGGUUUUUCUACCAGAGAGUGGUUUGGAUCAAAACAAGUUACUCACUGUGAAAGAUGUUCUCCUAUUACUCAAGAUUCCUCCAGAUUCUCUAGUCUACAAACAUAUGGAAACGCUGCUGGACAGGAACAGGUCAUCAAAGGGUUUGCUGAUAGAGUUAUUAAGUCAUUUGGCUUUGUCUCAUAACUGUGAUAAGUCUUCCAAGGGAGUUCAAACAUCUUUACAACAACUUUCUUCAGUAGGUAAGUAACUGAGUUUGCUAGCAUUAUUAUAAUGAUAAGCACGGGCAACAAGUGGAAAUCUCUGUCUAGAAGUUCUGGAUGUGCUCUCCCUGGCAUAAAGGUUGGAGUGUUCUACCCAUCUCUUCAUUUGUUUUUCCUUAAUGUUUUUGCCCGAUUUUGUCUUAAGUGGAGCUGUUUUGCUUUGCUUGGGACCAAUUAAUUGCUUUUUUGAUGCCCUGAUACAUCCUCUGAUAUUUCCAGUGUAAGCACCGCUUGAAUUCUGGUGCACACUGGUCCAUCCAGAACUUGUUUGCACAAGUUCUGGCUUCCUGCUUGACUCUGCUUUGAGCAGUGCAAAGGGCUUUUAGGGUUACUGGUGAUGGGGACUGGACCUCAUGUAUUCCUGAAGAGCAGACUUUUUGGACCCUAUGAGUGGCUUCAGUCUUGUAAAGGUAGCAUCAAGCCAGUCAUCGCUCUUGCCCUUCUUUUUUCCAAAAGCUGAUUCUGCAGAAGUGUAGGUGACAGUCUUCAGGUGUUGCUAGAAGCUGUUUGGCUUUUACAUCCUUUCUUUCCAAUAACUAUUGUUGUUACCGAGAAGAGUUUGUGUA